AUGCCGCUGACCAUUCCUUCUAACAUGACCAUGUCCAUCGAGGCUCAUCGGAAAUGGCUGCAAGUUGUCCAGGAAACACAGUAUUUGAUAGAAAAGGACGAAGAAUUACAAAAAAAAGCCGCAGAAGGCCUACGCCUGAAGGAGCGCAGCAUCCCGCCAGAAGUGUUAGGCGGGCUGUACGCGAAGUAUUGCAGCCUUGCCAAUCGAAUGUACCAGGCUUACCUGGACAGUGUGCAAAUACAGCGCGCGCCGUACAUUGAGGACAUCGUCCGGGUCGUCAUGAGACGGUUAUAUGAGCUCCGAAACGAGCUGGUCCUCCUCAUAGUGAAUGACUACAUUUACGUGGACUCGGCUCUGACCCAGCAGCAUCUCACGCCGCAAGAUAUCGAGAAAUAA